UCUGGCCCCGCCACUUGAAAAGUCGUAUUUCCUUGACCUCAUCGAGCUACGAUGGCAGACCCUACGAAUUCCGCAACAUUAGGUAAUUCUUUGCUCUCGCCUUUUACAACCCAAGAGCAAAUGCAAGGACGAUAUGAUUUACCGUUUUUUGACACAGCGGGCUGGGACUCAUCUUUCAUGGAUUGGAACUCUAAUUCAGGUAUCGAUCAAACGGCCAUGAGCUUAAACCCUCAAGCUCUCGUAUCCAACCCGGCACUUGGGAAUACGACUAUUUCGGAAGGGGACAUGAAUGUUGGGAAUAGCGUAAAUCCUCCCGAAUGUGGGAAUUUCAGUCAAGACAUUGAACAGAAAAUGGAGGAUCGGUAAGCUAAUUUAUCUUUGCUAGCAACAGUCGCUAAUAAAUUAUAGUUUUCAAGACAUUCAAAAGAAAAUAGACGACCAGUAAGUCGGUCUAUCUCUGUUGGUGACAGUUGCUAAUAAGUGGCAGCUUUAAGGAAGAGAAGAGGUAUUCUUCAGCUUUCCCUAGAUUAUUGACCUGCCUAACAUGACUCAGGGAGCGUGAAAUGUUAGCCGAGAUGUUGACUGAGAGGGUAACAAACAAACUGGAGGUGGUUAUCAGGGACCACUAUGAAGUGAUGGAUGAUUUGGGGAAAGCUAGUAAAACGUAUAGAAGGAUGAUGGACUGUACUGUGAAACUUGUUGACGAGGUAGAACAAAAAACUGGAGUCAACGGUCUAUCUAGGAUAGUUAUCUCGGAUAUCUGA